CCAACAUAAAAUUUAGAAACGUCCACAUUCCGCAACGUCACACACCACCCUUUACUCCUUUCUCUUUCCUUUCUUUCCCUUUUCACUCUCUGCUGGUAAGCAUGAAAUCCUCCCGCAAGUCUAGAUUUUUCUCCUCCGCCACAGCCACCGCCACCGCCGUUGUAUAUACUUUUCAGAAUGACCACGCUGUCCCUGAGCCCGACCACAAAAUUACGGAAAUCCCCAUCCAGACCGCCCCCGAUGAACAGCCACCUUCGAAACCCGUCCCAAUAACUAUUCACCUCCCCUCACGCCCCCAAUCCGGAGAAUCCGUGGCUGCUGUUAAGAUACAGUCCGCCUACAAAGCUCACGUGGUCCGUACCCUUGUCAGGAAGAUCUCUGCCGUCAAUUCUGAAGCCAAUUACUGGCAGAAGCUCAUCCAACGCCAGGAGACAGUUGAUGCUGUACGUACGAGUGAACGGGAUCGGAUCAAGAUCAAUGAGGCAUUGAUGGGCUUGUUAUUCAGGCUUGACUCAGUUCCUGGGGUUGAUCCUAAUGUAAGGGAGCUGAGGAGACAUGUCAGCCGCAAGAUUGUGGGGCUGCAAGAGAUAUUGGAUGCAGUUUCGGAUGCUAGAGUCGAGCAGUGGGAUGGAUUUUUGAGGGAUUGGGAUGAUAUUGUUGCGGGGAUUGAGAAAGAGGUUUGCAAGGAAAGAGGUGGUGGGAAUGAAAUGGAGAGGUUUUGUGCUGAGCAUUUGGGUUUCCAGUGCCUGCAAAGGUUCCUUCGUGAUCAAUGAUUUUAGGUAUACAUACAUAUUAUACUUCUUUUAGUUAAUGCGUAAAAUUUAUAUAUAGAAUAAGCUGUAACUAUGUGACGAAUGAUCUUAGGCACGCAUAUAUAAUACAGACAAGACCUGUAAGGAACAGAAUACUUUGGAAGUUAUGGAAAAUUAUUUUUGACAUGGGGUUGUAAGUUUGACUGAGACGUUAUACAAUAUCGUUUGCUGUC